AUGCAGGAAGCAGCUUCAGACUUGGCUAUUUUAGCUACGACUACUCAAGGAUGGCGAUUUGUUAAUGAACGUAAUGGUGCAAUGCUUUACGAAAUGACAGGACGCAAUUUACCAUCAAAUGUUACGACAGCCAAGAAAUUUGGACGUGGAGCAGGUCAUUCAUCGGAUUAUUAUACUGUACGAGCAGUUACAACGGUACACACGGGUGUAGCUGCAAUGUUGGAUCUAUUGCAUUCCUCAACUACCGAUGAGUUUCGACUUGUUAUGAAACAAAUUUUUCAAGAGAAUUUUCAGAAUGGAGUCACGUUAGACAAGUUGACUUGUACUACUCCACCACCAUUUGCAGAAGACCCGGAUGCUGGAGCAGAAGGUGCAAGACGAAGUUACUCUGAGGACGACUCGUACUCGGUUAACUGGUUAACACUUAAAGCACAAGCCAAGCUAGACAAUGUGGAAAACAAUCGAGAUUUUACACUUGUUUGCUAUCAGGAUGCCUUCUCUCGGCACGACUCGGGGGUCUUGGAGCGCGUUGGACGGGGCUCAGUAAGGACCCGAUCGGACACGUUGAAUUUUCAACCACAGAGCAAAUUGGUUGGCGUGCAUGUACUCAGCAGCGUCAACUUUCAGGAUGUCCCGGAGUUGCCGAUUCCCGAUUGUAUGGACAGGCUGCACUUUCGGAAUUCCGGAUUCGUUAUUGAAGAGACUUCGGAGCCCAAUGUACUGAAACUUUCCUUGCUGCUGUCAUUAUUGCCGACCAAGGCGACGUUAAAAUAUGCUAGAAAGUAUCAACGUUGGCUGCAGACACUAGCGAGCUGUGUAAAUAAUUUGGCGCAGGUUAUGAGACCAGAGGUAACUUUGCAUUGUAUGAGUAAGCUCACGUGGAAGCAGAGUGAUCAUUGUUUCAUGUGUCUCAAGAUGUUCCGCACGUUCCGUCGGUGUCACCACUGUCGGUUCUGCGGCGAGGCAGUGUGUGGCGCCUGCUCCAGUAUGGUCAAUAUGGCCGGAUAUGAGGUUACAGACGGUAGCGGUAAUACCUUGGCUGCCAAUGCAGCUAACUCGCUAGCGAUAUCGCAACGUGGCGAGCCGAUAACCACAGACUUUAGUCAGACUGGAGAUGUUUGGCAAGUGUCCUCGAUGAAGAGUGUUUCUAGCAGCAGCAACGGAACGCGUAACUAUCGAGAGGCCCGAGGCUGCAGCGCCUGCGUUGCGGAUCUCCGUCAAGGUCUAGCGACCUCUGGCACUGUAAAGACACGGCGAUUCUCCGACUCUGGAAGCAAUUACAGCGGUGAGAAUAUGCAAGCUUCAUUGAGAAUUGAUCGGAGUAUCAGCAAUGAUGAUGAUGAAGUGAUCUCAUACGACAGCUCUGACGAUGUCAACUAUGAACGUCGUCUGGGCUCUAUAGCGACGUAUAUCCCAUCGCAAUGUGGUGUUGGUGCGAUGGUCGAGGAGGAUGGACGAUACAGUAUCAGCUUUCUAGGGGAUGAACCGCUAGAUGACUUUCCAGUCAUGUUUGAAGAACUGCAGGAUGAAUUUCCAGCAGUGGACGAGCCAGCUUCCUCGCGCUUCCGAAAUGUGUCUGAUCCAGACGAGCUACGUCGCAUGCGUAAUGUGUCGGACCCAGAUCUGCCACAGCGUCUUAAUGAUAAGCAUAGUAUGGUGUCGAUGUCUACAGCGAGCAGUUCAUUCUCACGUUCGUCUAACGAUCGUUACACCAACGACAACGCGUUGCAGCACUCGCGCGGCACCACGUCGGACGAUUUUUCGGCUUCCGAUCUCUCUCGUGACCCGGACAUCCUGGCUCUUGCCGGGCUAAAGCCUAGGCCGUCAGAUGACCAAUAUGAACCUGUUUCGAUACAGCGCCCGCCACUUACUCGCAAAAAAAGUUGCGAGCAGGUUCAUAAAUAUGAGGAGCCUGAAAUGGAAAAGGUGCUGGAACCAGGUUGUAAGACAAAGAGCUACGAGGCUUUUUCCACUGCGCGGCUUAGAAAUACUGGCGCUGAUGCUCGAUAUCGAAGCAACACAACCAGCACACGUGAUGAUUAUGCUGUAUCUCAAAGUAAUAUGCUUCGACCUGCAAAUCGUCUUCGGCACCGUAGUCAGACCAGCGCCUGGAAUCCCGCUGCAACUGCUCCAUUAUCCUCUACGACUUUAGCGGAGAACUCGAACGACAACCCAAACAACUUCGCAAAAUCUAGCAUGCACCCUGCUUUGAAUGGCUUCAAGCUAGAAGCUCGGUCGAACACGUCAGGUGACAGCAGCGGUCAAUUCCAGUUUUCAAGGAUGAAGAGUGAGCCAUCAACCACAGCGACUGCGGCCGUAGCAGCCGCAUUCGUAGGAUCAGCCACCUCAACAUCCGUACCCCAGCAAGACCAGGCCUUGUCCAGUCCGGAUAGCAGCAAACUUUAUAUGACUUCCUCAGCUAGACUAAAUUCCGUCUUGAGGCCUACGCACCAGAUGCAACGACUUCCAACUUCGGUUCCGGAAUACAGCACGGCAUCAGAAGACUUGGAUCGCAACGAUAUGAUUCCAUUGUCCCUCUCCGACCAGUCACCAGCAACUUUCGUUGUGUUCUCGGAGUCGAGGCGUGAAUCCAUUUUUAUGCGGGUAGACGAUGGUCAAGAUAUGAUCCCGCUUGAUUUUUAG